CAACGACGGGGAAAGUGAUACAUGAGCUACACCUCAUUAUAUUUUUGAAACGGCAGUUCCCUCCGCCGCACCGUCGCCGAAAUUUAGUAGGAUCGGGUCAUCGCGAUGGUCGCGUUACUUUCAGUUCAGGGCGAGAGUGUGGCGACGCCGGGAAUUCUUCCGAUCGAAAUUCAGUCGAAGAAAGCGUGGGUCCUGAGGAACUCGUUUUGCUUGAAACGAUUAAACGAUACACCGCUGCAUGCCGUGAAAGUAUCGUGAUUCUCAGUCAAAUGACUCUUCGAGUGUGCUCUUAUCUCUUCCCGUUGUAGAAACGGGGUACAAGAAAUCAUGGUCAACGCGUACGGGGGUAUAUUGUUGGUAGCAGAUGUCUUGCUGCUGAUUCUCAAAGUUCUUUAUUACAUUGGCGAGGCGAUAUACAGAUUAAUUGUACCAGUCGAAGAGAAGAGCGUAGCCGGCGAAAUUGUCUUGGUAACGGGCGCCGGUCAUGGUAUUGGUAAGGAAUUAGCUUUAAAAUAUGCAUCUCUCGGUGCUACUGUCGUUUGUUGGGACUUGAAUCAAGAGGGAAAUAAUGCGACCGUGAACGAAAUUAAACAAUUGGGAAAAACCAAAGCAUACGGUUACAAAUGCGACGUUUCAAACAGGGAAGAAGUAUUCAAAACGGCUGAGAAAGUUAGGGAGGAAGUUGGAAAUGUGACGAUCCUAAUUAACAAUGCUGGCAUCAUGGCUUGUCACCCUUUCCUAGAACACACACCUGAGGAAAUUAAACAGAUGUUGAAUGUCAACGUGUUGGGUCAAUGCUGGACAGUCCAAGCUUUCUUGCCCAGCAUGCUUCAAAAGAAUUACGGCCACAUAGUUGCCCUUUCGUCCAUGUGCGGUCUUGUCGGUUUGCCGAACGUUGUCCCCUAUUGCGCCUCGAAGUUCGCAGUAAGAGGAUUAAUGGAAAGCUUAGAGGAAGAAGUCCGAGUAAUGUGUCAAGCAAAAACGAUUAAAUCGAACAUCAAUUUUACUACUAUUUAUCCAUAUAUGGUAGAUACGGGGCUGUGCAAGAAGCCAAGAAUCAGGUUCCCAAGCAUCAUGGGGCAAGUUCCACCAAAAGAAGCAGCUGCUAAAAUAACAAAUGCGCAGCGGCGAAAUAUCGCAGAAGCUACAAUUCCCGGGCACUGGCUCUAUGUUAAUAGUACCUGGAGAACUUUUCCACGCUUGGCUUUUCACCGCAUUCUAGACUUCUUCGAUUCCGGUUUGGAGCCAGCUGAUUAAUAGAUAUUUCUUGUCUGUUAUUAAAGUUUUCAUUUAAGAAUAAGUUUACAAAGGAAAGCAUUCCAUUUUUAUUCUUUGUCACCUGAUCUUUUUGCUUAUUUGUACUAUACAGGUACAUAUGUUAUUAGUCAUCGUUAUUAUAUAAUUAGGAAGUCAAGAAGAUCUUUUAUUCAUAUUAAAUUUCGUCGUUAUUUUAAAUUUUAUAUUUUUUGUUACUAUGUUUAAAAAAAAUUAUAUGUAAGGGUAAGAACUACUUGCAUAAUGAAUGCAAAUAAGAAGAUACUGUUUGUUGUAGUUCGUGUAUAUUGACAUCCGAGUGUAAGUCUUUCCUUUUACUAUUAAUAUAUGAUACGAAUGAAUGUUCAAAUUUAUGUGUUAUAAUAUUAAUAUACACAACGUGUACGUCCGUCUGUGCAUGUAUGAAUAAAAUGUAAACGAAUUUCAUUUGUUA